AACCCUGCAGAUGUUUGCUGCAAUUAUACAUUCCUGAGCUCUGCCACUCUGGAUUUUUUCAGAAGCUUAUCAAGACACCAACAUAAUAAUAAAUUGGAAAAAAAAGAAUAAACUUUAACAAAAGAGCACACAGCAGGCUCCCACUUCAAGUGGCAUCUUCCUGAGGAGUCCUACACUAGCACCAUUAAAACGACAAAUGAAAUGAACGCUAAUUUUCAGGUUACUAAACUUUAAUAAACUUCGAUUCCAAGAAAAAGAAAGAAAUCAGCAGGAAAGGAUACUCAAGAAGAAACCCCCUUGUACAUACUUCGAGUAGACUGCGCCUCCCUCGUAAACCUGCUAGAAGACUGCUGAGCUAAAUGGUCAGGCUGCUUGCAGAUAUGAACUUCAGCACGUAUAGCCCUCGGAGUCGAUACGUGGAUAACUCGGCGGACGCGUUCUACGGUGAAAACGGGACCAUCAACGUCUCCUACAGCAACAUGUCCAUGACGGGAUGCAACAGAAUCAUGAUCCCCAACGAGCUAUUUUUGACCCUUGGGCUGGUGAGCCUUGUGGAAAAUAUUUUGGUGAUUCUGGCCAUCAUAAAAAACCGAAACCUGCACUCCCCGAUGUACUACUUCAUUUGCUGCCUCGCCGUCUCAGACAUGCUAGUCAGCGUCAGCAACGUGGUGGAGACCCUGUUCAUGCUUCUGAUUGAUCAGGGGGUGCUUGUGGUCACCUAUGAUAUCCUACGGCUCAUGGACAAUGUGCUCGACAUGAUGAUUUGCAGCUCUGUGGUGUCCUCCCUUUCCUUUCUGGUCGCGAUCGCUGCAGACCGCUAUGUCACUAUCUUUUACGCCUUGAGGUACCAUAACAUUAUGACCACACAGCGAGCAGUCGUCAUCAUUAUUGCCAUCUGGGCUGCGAGCACCAUCUCCAGCACUCUGUUCAUAGUAUAUUAUAUGAACAUCGCCGUCAUCAUCUGCCUCAUUGCUUUUUUCUUCGCCAUGCUCAUCUUCAUGGCUGGGCUCUACCUACAAAUGUUCACCCUGGCGCACAUCCAUUCCAAGCGAAUCAACGCCUUCCAGAAGCUCCGGCACCAACAGCAGGCCACGAACAUGAAAGGUGCCGUCACCCUCACCAUCCUGCUCGGGGUUUUCUUGGUCUGCUGGGGGCCCUUCUUCCUGCACUUGACGCUAAUCAUCACUUGCCCCAGCAACCCGCUCUGCGUGUGCUACUUUAGUCAUUUUAACCUGUUUCUCAUUCUCAUCAUCUGCAACUCCCUCAUAGAUCCUGUCAUCUACGCCUUCAGGAGUCAAGAACUGCGGAAGACACUAAAGGAGCUGCUAUUCUGUUCCUGGCAACUGCACUGCUUUGAAUGUUUAAGUUGUACAAAGCUCUGAAAUUGAUUUUAAAAUGUAACGCAAGACAGCUUAAGCGAUGUUUGUAAAGUGAACUGCACAAUGCCUGUCUAUGUACAGCAAAGAACACAAUGCCGUGUUGUAAACUGCUUUUAAGAUGUGAAAAAGUUCCGUGUUCUGUACAUAGCAUCGGGGUUGAAACAACUCUUGACGUCAGUGUGAACUCCACGUCAAAAGCGUGAACAUUCUAAUGUAACAAUGUGAAACAAUACAGAAUGGAUUCACACUGAUUUUCUUUGCGCAAAACCAAAAGUAAGCUCGACCCAUUUCAGAACCAAACUCUUUGCUGUCCCCGAUCUCUUAUAAUAAUUUUAACAUUUUACAUCAUAAGGCAGAUAUCAGUUUUCUUCUGUCAAAAUGAAGCACACGUUAUUUCCACCACAAACACCCUGCUUCUAACUCGAUCGUUAUAAAUUAAAAAAGCACGCUCUCUUGUACAUUUGUUUUACAGUAACACCUGUAAAAAGGAAAACGUUUAAGUAAUAUAAUUUACAUAUGACAAAAUAUUAUUUUAACAGUCAUUGUAUUUAUAAACCGCUUUAUACUUUGUAGGUAUGGACUUUCCACUUACACGUAUGUUUUAUAGUUACAGAUACUAUACGUUAUAGUGUCCCGACAGGGAAGCAAGGACAGACAGGACAUGCAGGCACACACCAAAGACCGAUUUUGUCUUGACAGGACUGCUUAUUGAACAGAACGCUCCUGAUCAACCCACUUCGGUCAACAAACCGCACGAUACCUUUCGUACCAAUCAAAUACCUAAACCUGCCCAGCCGGCAUGGUAUAAGCAUACUGGAAAGGUGAGAUCUCUGUUUAAAUAAUCAAAAGAUUACAAACUUGUUUCGCUUUAUGCUCACUUGUGCUUCCCCUCAUUUCAAAAUCAUGUAUGUAGUUAAAUAAAAACAUUUACUCGAGGUUUCGCUACACUGUGGAACCUUUUAAAACAUAUCGUUUUGUACUAUUAAUUAUGACAAGCUACAUACAUAUUUAUAUGAUAGUAACAUGAAAAACUGUAAAAGAACUCUAUGUAAUAUUGAUCAUUCAACCAAUAAUAAUAUAAAGCUUAAGAACACCAGACUGCAGUGUCAUCCAACGCGUAUUCGUUUCACCUGAAGCACCACUAGUUUACAAGUAGCCAAAAUGAGACAUUGGCUUAUUUAAAUCGUCUAAACGUUUUUCUGCCUUUUGCAAGUGAUCGCAAUUAUCAACAUUUUCUGUUUCUUAUAUGAUCAUUAACUUAAACAAAAUCCAAAGAUCCAUAUAUAUCGAUUUGUCCAUUUUUAAUACUCAGGUUUAAAGUCAGGAGAAGCUUAAGCUCUGGCAGGAAUCUUCUCAGCGGUGCACUAGUCCAUCGCGGAACACACUCCUACUCGCGCAGAACAGCUUUGAGUUAUCAAAUAAAUCGUUCUCUGCGAGAUUUUGGAGGAAAGUGAAACCCGAACAAAAAAUAACUUCAACGUUUACAUUGGCGGGUUGCGGGCAUCUAGCGCAAUACAGUUGCACUAACUACUGCGCCACAGUGCACACUUUUGUUUACCCCAUAUAAAUAUACUAUUUUAAUUUAAGUGUAUCAUAAGGACAGGUCAGCCCAUACAUCGGAUUCUGCACGCGCCGUAACUGAAAUCAAAUUCAGAAAUAAGGCAGGAUGAAUAUUAUGAAUAUUGAUCAUUUAAAAUUGCGCCUGGCAAGCACCAAUACGCUGAAAAGGAGAAUCGAUUUCCACAAUUUCUGCAUAAACUGUUACUAUAAGAUUAACCGUGCAUGUACAUAGGGCAAAAUAAAAUCAGGAAUCUGUCUUAUCCUGAGAGUAUUUUUCGAGGACCUUCAUGUAGCUUGAGCGUUUCUGUAUAAAUAUUACUAUGAAGAGGUAGAGUGUUUUUUAUACGACCUUUUUCUUUUCACUUUGCUUAACGGUCACCGUCAUGAAACAGUGCACGAUCUGGUAGAUUCGAACGAAUUCGCCAUAAACUGCCACAUUCAUUCUAGUUUGUCUUUUAGAUGUUUCCAAUUAUUAGUAAAUUUGCAACACAGGCCAACAAUAGCAGAAUAAUUUUCUGUUCCCGUUUGGCUCUUUACUGCUAUUGAAUAACUUGUCCGAAUUCGUUUCGUCUUCAACAGGCCUGUCAACACAACUCGUUGCGUACUGGUUUGGUGGUAAACUGGGGUUCUACAGCGGGGUAAAAACGAACAAGCGAACUUUAAAGUCUCUAAGGUUGAGGAGUAAAGUCUGUAUUCUUGGCAAACAGUUGAAGCAAAUUUAAUAUUACAUUUAUUUGUUUAACAUAUCAGAGGAGUGAUAAAACCAAGAAAAUAUUGAUACUAUUUACCAUGCCAGUUCAAUUCCAUCACGUGUCGAGGAGAUUGAUCCUAUCCCAGAAGUAUCGGGCGUGCCGCCCACAGACAUAGAAUUACUAGACGCCGCAUGACCAGUAGCAUCGCACGUCAAC